AUGGAAGGACUCAUGGAAGGACUCAUGGAAGGACUCAUGGAAGGACUCAAGGAAGGACUCAUGGAAGGACUCAAGGAAGGACUCAAGGAAGGACUCAUGGAAGGACUCAAGGAAAUACUCAAGGAAGGACUCAAGGAAGGACUCAAGGAAGGACUAAAGGAAGGACUCAAGGGAGGACUCAAGGAAGGACUCAUGGAAGAACUCAAGGAAGGACUCAAGGAACCCCUCAAGGAACGACUCAAGGAUAGACUUUCUACCAGCUGA